GCUGGGGGCCUCGCGGGGCCGGAAGCGCGAAAUGGGAACCAAGAUGGCGGAUCUCGAUUCCCCUCAGAAGCUGUCAGGGGUUUCUCUGCCUGAGGGGAUGGGAGGAGGCCGCUGCUCGGAAAUCUCCACCGAGCUCAUUCGCUCCCUAACCGAGCUGCAGGAGCUGGAGGCUGUAUACGAACGGCUCUGCGGCGAGGAGAAAGUGGUGGAGAGAGAACUGGAUGCUCUUUUGGAACAGCAAAAUACCAUUGAAAGUAAAAUGGUUACUCUCCACCGAAUGGGUCCCAACCUGCAGUUGAUUGAAGGAGAUGCAAAGCAGCUAGCUGGGAUGAUCACCUUUACCUGCAACCUAGCCGAGAAUGUGUCCAGCAAAGUCCGUCAGCUUGACUUGGCCAAGAAUCGCCUCUAUCAAGCCAUUCAGAGAGCUGACGAUAUCUUGGACCUGAAAUUCUGCAUGGAUGGAGUUCAGACUGCUUUGAGGAAUGAAGAUUAUGAGCAGGCUGCAGCCCACAUUCAUCGCUAUUUGUGCCUGGACAAGUCAGUCAUUGAGCUCAGCCGACAGGGCAAAGAAGGCAGCAUGAUUGAUGCUAACCUGAAAUUGCUACAGGAAGCUGAGCAGCGUCUCAAAGCCAUCGUAACAGAGAAGUUUGCAAUCGCUACUAAAGAAGGGGAUCUGCCCCAGGUGGAACGCUUCUUCAAGAUCUUCCCACUGCUGGGUCUGCAUGAGGAGGGAUUAAGCAAGUUCUCAGAAUACCUUUGCAAGCAGGUGGCCAGUAAAGCUGAGGAGAAUCUGCUGUUGGUGCUGGGGACGGACAUGAGUGAUCGGAGAGCUGCAGUCAUCUUUGCAGAUACACUCACUCUUCUUUUUGAAGGUAUUGCCCGCAUUGUAGAGACCCACCAACCAAUAGUGGAGACCUAUUAUGGACCAGGGAGACUUUACACCCUGAUAAAAUAUCUGCAGGUGGAAUGUGACAGACAGGUGGAAAAGGUGGUGGACAAGUUCAUCAAACAAAGGGACUACCACCAGCAGUUCCGGCAUGUCCAGAACAGCUUGAUGAGAAAUUCUACAACAGAAAAAAUAGAACCAAGGGAACUGGACCCUAUCCUGACUGAGGUCACCCUUAUGAAUGCCCGUAGUGAGCUAUACUUACGCUUCCUCAGGAAGAGGAUCAGCUCUGACUUUGAGGUGGGGGACUCCAUGGUCUCAGAAGAAGUAAAGCAAGAGCACCAGAAGUCUCUGGACAAACUCCUUAAUAACUGCCUAUUGAGCUGCACCAUGCAGGAGCUAAUUGGCUUCUAUAUUACCAUGGAGGAGUACUUCAUGAGGGAGACUGUCAAUAAGGCUGUGGCUCUGGACACCUAUGAGAAAGGCCAGUUGACAUCCAGCAUGGUGGAUGAUGUCUUCUACAUUGUUAAAAAGUGCAUUGGACGGGCUCUGUCUAGCUCCAGCAUCGACUGUCUCUGUGCCAUGAUCAACCUUGCUACUACAGAGCUGGAGUCUGACUUCAGGGAUGUUCUGUGUAACAAGCUGAGGAUGGGCUUCCCAGCCACCACCUUACAGGACAUCCAGCGCGGGGUGACGAGUGCCGUGAACAUCAUGCACAGCAGCCUCCAGCAAGGCAAAUUUGACACAAAAGGCAUUGAGAGCACUGACGAGGCCAAGCUAUCCUUCCUGGUGACCCUGAACAACGUGGAAGUGUGCAGUGAAAACAUCUCCACGCUGAAGAAGACACUGGAGAGUGACUGCACCAAGCUGUUCAGCCAGGGCAUUGGAGGGGAGCAGGCCCAGGCCAAGUUUGACAGCUGCCUUUCUGACCUGGCUGCCGUGUCCAACAAAUUCCGAGACCUCUUGCAGGAAGGGCUGACAGAGCUGAACAGCACAGCCAUCAAGCCGCAAGUGCAGCCUUGGAUCAACACCUUCUUAUCUGUUUCCCACAACAUUGAGGAGGAAGAAUUCAACGACUAUGAGGCCAAUGACCCUUGGGUACAACAGUUCAUCCUUAACCUAGAGCAACAAAUGGCAGAGUUCAAGGCCAGCCUGUCCCCAGUCAUCUAUGACAGCCUGACCGGCCUCAUGACCAGCCUUGUUGCAGUCGAGUUGGAGAGAGUGGUGCUGAAAUCCACCUUUAACCGGCUGGGCGGUCUGCAGUUUGAUAAGGAGCUGAGGUCACUAAUUGCCUAUCUUACCACGGUGACCACCUGGACCAUCCGAGACAAGUUUGCCCGGCUCUCUCAGAUGGCCACAAUCCUCAAUCUGGAACGGGUCACGGAGAUCCUAGAUUACUGGGGCGCCAACUCUGGCCCAUUGACGUGGCGCCUCACCCCUGCCGAAGUACGCCAGGUGCUGGCUCUGCGCAUAGACUUCCGCAGCGAGGACAUCAAGAGGCUGCGCCUAUAGCCGCCAGGGGGAGCCCAUCUGGCCCGUCAUACUUCAGGUCCCAUUCCCUAAGUGGCCACAGCCAAGUAGCUGAGCAAGGCUGUCUGGCUUGGGGAGCUUUGCCAGUGCAGACUGUUCCAUCCAUUGAGACAGCAGGAAAUAAGGCUCAGCUCACUCUGCUGUCUGCACUCAGACCUGUCUGAGUGGUGCUUUGCAGGCAGCCUCUCCUCACCAAGAGUGGUGAGUCCCCCUGGGCUCCUCUAAUUAUGUGGGAAAGCCAAAGCAGGCCAGCUUUCUGCAUGGGUGGUCGUUCUCUUCUCCUUAGAUACUACAGCAAACCAGCUGCCUCCCUGCCAGUCCUAAAGGACUUGGGUAUAUCUGGGGACCGGGGGAAUUAGGUUUACUCUGAGGAGAGUCUGUGAUGUUUAUGAUCACCCUGAAUAAAGACACUCCUUGGAUGGA